UUGUUCAUGAGCCGCACAAGUCUUUAUUUUUUGCGUUGUAUCGACUUUGCCUAUCCAACCUCAAGAGAAAAGAAUAUCAGUUGUAACUCUUCAAGUUUGGGCUUUUCACAAAGACUAAUAUAUUCUCGUUCAAUAUGCUGUAGGCGAGUGCAAAGGAGAGCUUCUUUGGUAGCCAAGGCGGACAACGGGACAACCCAGAAUCCUUCUGAUAUGUACAGUUUUCCAAAGAAAAGUGCAAGUCAACAAUAUUUGGAUCAAAUAUGGAAGAACGAGAACUUGGAGGAUUUUUCUGUGGAAGAUGAGGAAACUGAAGAAGAAGAAGAAAAGGAAGGUAACUUUCUGUUAGAUGACGAGUUUCUAAACUUGAGAACACCGAGCACAUUGGUUACCAGUAAUAAAGAACAACGGAAUUCCAUGGAUGAGUGGUUCUCUUCUUCUCGAGACACUUUUGACCAAGUUGGAACUAUGGAAGAAGAAGAAAGUCUCCCUUGGGUGGUUACUGUUAUGAAAGCGGGAGAGGAUCGAAAGGCAAAGGACAUCACCGGUUUAUGGGUUAGCGAGCUGACAACAAUUACGUCCUUUUUAGUGAAUAUGUGUGGAAAUAAUGAGCCUCAAAUUCAGGCUAUUGCAAGAAAUGUGGAAGGAAGUAUGUGGAAUAUUCACCAACAAAAAGUGAAGAGGAGAACAGGGACAGCUGCCUCUGGUUGGAUACUUCUUGACUAUGGAGAUAUUAUCGUCAAUAUAAUGUCCAUUUCGUUACGGAAACACUAUAAUUUGGAGGGUUUGNGAUACAAGAACUGAAAAAGUCGACAGUCUGAAACCUU